AAUGAACAAUCAAGCGUUCAGUUUGGCUGAGAAACUUAUACCAUCAACUUAUGUACAACAAGGAUUAAAUGCGAAGAAAACGAGGGAGAAUCUUAUAAGAAGUUUUAUUGAACAUCGAAAAUGGCCAGAAGAAGGAUGGGACGAUGCAACAAUAGAAGCAUUUCUUUCGGAUCUAUCACAAAUGGACAGCAAUAAUUUUCCACUGAAUUGCAGUGUUGGUGAGCGUGAAUCACGAAUAAUAUCAAGUAUCGUAGCAAGACGGCAUUUUCGCAUGGGCCAUGGGAUCGGUAGAUCCGGAGAUCUUGAAGAAGUUCAACCAAAAGCUGCCGGGAGUAGUUUAAUGUAUAAAUUAUCAAAUGCAUUAGUAUUAGAAGUGAUGCGAUAUAUGGGUGUUAAAAGUAUCGCCGGGUGUUUCUUAUCACCAAUGGCAACAGGUAUGAGCUUGGUACUCUGCAUGUUGACUCUAAAACUCGACAGACCACGAGCCAAAUACGUCCUUUGGCCUAGAAUCGAUCAAAAGUCAAGCUUUAAGUCUAUAAUAACAGCUGGACUGGAACCGAUUGUUAUUGAGAUGUUGAUUGUGGGAGAUGAAUUGAAAACUGAUUUGCAGAGACUCGAAUCACAGAUGGCUGCCUAUGGAGAGAGUAUUGCUUGUGUUCUUUCUACUACCAGCUGCUUCGCUCCACGUUCUUGCGAUUCAGUUGAUCUCAUUGCUGCGCUAUGCACGCAGUAUAAUAUUCCUCAUUUGGUCAACAAUGCUUAUGGAUUACAAAGUACUAGAUGUAUGCACUUAAUUCAAGAAGCCUCGAGAAAGGGACGAGUUGACGCCUUCGUUCAGAGCACCGAUAAAAACUUUCUCGUUCCUGUUGGAGGCGCGAUUAUUGGAUCAUUUGAUAAAAAUCUUCUCGACCGAAUUUCAAAGAUGUAUCCAGGUCGCGCAAACGCUAGUUCUACAAUGGACGUAAUGAUUACACUAUUGGGCCUAGGAAUGGCGGGAUAUAAGCAGUUGAUUGCUCAACGAAAAGAAAUGUAUGCGUACUUGAAAGAAGAACUGGGUAAAGUUGCUGCCAGACACGGUGAAAGAUUAUUAGACACCAAAGGCAACCCUAUAUCCAUGGGAAUGACUUUGCAGUGUCUCAGUCAUCAGCAUGAUCAUAAACAAGUUACUAUGCUUGGAUCGAUGCUGUUUCUUAGAAAUGUUAGCGCAGCCGCUGCUCUAGGAAUGAAACGCAGUGACGUAGACGCGUUUGUACAGCGAUUGGACAAAGCUUUGACUAAAGUCCGACGGCGAUCAGCCCCAGUCACUCCCACAGCUUCAUUAGCAGGCUCAAGUAUUAACGGCGAUACGGGCAACCCUGGUGGUCCAGGUGAAUCUAGCACCGCCUCUACUAGCCGAGCUAGUAGCAAAGAUUCUUUGCGCAAA